AUGGGCCAGGGCUGCGGACACUCCAUCCUCUGCCGGAGCCAGCCGUACCAGGCGGCCGCGUCUGACCUCCGCGGGUUCCUGCGGGCGGGGGACGCCGCGCCCGGCCCCGAGGCGCUACAGGAUGCUCUGCUGAGCCUGGGCGCUGCACUGGAUGCCCCCGCCCUGCGGGAUGCCCUCCGCCACGCCCUCGUCACCCUGCUGCCCGCCGUGGAGCACGUCUACAUCUACCUGCUGGAUGGGGACACGCGGCUGCUCUGCGACGACCCCCCCCACGAGCUGCCCCCCGACGGGAAGCUCAGGGAUGCUGUGCGGAAGCAGAAGCGGCUGGAAUGUGGGGGGCUGCUCCCUGCCGAGCUCCCUGGCCGGCACCUGGGCCCCCUGGCAGCGCCCCUGGCCCCUGGCACGCAAGUGCUCAUCAUCCCGCUGGUGGACAAGAACAGUGGGGCCGUGGUGUGUGUCAUCCUGGUGCACUGUGGCCAGCUGAGUGACUCGGAUGAGCAGAACCUUCGUGCACUGGAGAAACAUGCCCUGGUGGCAUUCCGGCGCCUGCAAGCCCUGCAGAAGCUGCAGCCCUGGCCCCAGGUCAGCCUCUCCACCAGUUCCUCCCAGACGUCCCUGGCCAAGCCCGAGAAGGCACCUGAGAGCAGCUACAGCGACCUGGACUGCAAGAUCCUGCAGCUCUGUGGUGAGCUCUACGACCUGGAUGCCGCCUCGCUGCAGCUCAAAGUCAUCAACUACCUGAAGCAGGAGACCCAGUCGCUGUGCUGCUGCCUCCUGCUCGUCUCCGAGGACAACCACCAGCUCUUCUGCCAGGUGGUGGGGGACCGUGUCCUCGAGGAGGAGAUCAGCUUUUCGCUCACCUUCGGGCGCCUGGGGCAGGUGGUGGAGGACAAGAAGCCCAUCACCUUGAAGGACAUCAGCGAGGAGGAGCACAAGCAGCUGAGCAGCAUGUUGGGCUGCGAGGUCACCUCCAUGCUCUGUGUCCCUGUCAUCAGCCGGGCCACCUCCCAGGUGGUGGCACUGGCCUGCGCCUUCAACAAGCUGAGCGGGGAGAGCUACACGGACACGGAUGAGCACAAGAUCCAGCACUGCUUCUGCUACACCUCCACGGUGCUCACGAGCACCUUGGCCUUCCAGAAGGAGCAGAAGCUCAAGUGUGAGUGCCAGGCUCUGCUGCAGGUGGCCAAGAACCUCUUCACCCACCUGGAUGACGUGUCCGUCCUGCUCCAGGAGAUCAUUACGGAGGCCCGGAACCUCAGCAACGCCGAGAUAUGCUCCGUGUUCCUGCUGGACCGGCUCAGCCACGAGCUGGUGGCCAAGGUGUUCGACGGCGGCGUGGUGGACGACGAGAGCUACGAGAUCCGCAUCCCGGCGGACCAGGGCAUCGCCGGGCACGUGGCCACCACCGGCAAGAUCCUGAACAUCAAGGAUGCCUACUCACACCCGCUCUUCUACCGCGGGGUGGACGACAGCACCGGCUUCCGCACCCGCAACAUCCUCUGCUUCCCCAUCAAGAACGAGAGCCAGGAGGUCAUCGGGGUGGCAGAGCUGGUCAACAAGAUCAACGGCCCUUGGUUCAGCAAGUUCGACGAGGACCUGGCCACCGCCUUCUCCAUCUACUGCGGCAUCAGCAUCGCCCACUCCCUGCUGUACAAGAAGGUGAAUGAGGCACAGUACCGAAGCCACCUGGCCAACGAGAUGAUGAUGUACCACAUGAAGGUGUCAGAUGAUGAGUACACCAAGCUGCUGAGCGAGGGCAUCCAGCCCGUGUCCACCAUCGACCCCAACUUUGCCAGCUUCACCUACACACCACGCUCCCUGCCCGAGGACGACACCUCCAUGGCCAUCCUGAGCAUGCUGCAGGACAUGAACUUCAUCAACAACUACAAGAUGGACCGUCAGACGCUCACCAGGUUCUGCCUGAUGGUGAAGAAGGGGUACCGUGACCCACCCUACCACAACUGGAUGCACGCCUUCUCCGUCUCCCACUUCUGCUACCUGCUCUACAAGAACCUGGAGCUUGUCAACUAUCUGGAAGACAUCGAGAUCUUUGCCCUCUUCAUCUCCUGCAUGUGCCACGACCUGGACCACAGAGGCACCAAUAACUCCUUCCAGGUGGCCUCGAAAUCGGUCCUGGCCGCGCUCUACAGCUCCGAGGGUUCUGUCAUGGAGAGGCAUCACUUUGCCCAAGCCAUCGCCAUCCUCAACAGCCAAGGCUGCAACAUCUUUGACCACUUCUCCCGAAAGGACUACCAGCGCAUGCUGGACCUGAUGAGGGACAUCAUCUUGGCCACUGACCUGGCCCACCACCUCCGCAUCUUCAAGGACCUCCAGAAAAUGGCAGAAGUGGGGUAUGACCCCAAGAACAAGCAGCACCGCAGCCUGCUGCUCUGCCUGCUCAUGACCUCCUGCGACCUCUCUGACCAGACCAAGGGCUGGAAGACCACCAGGAAGAUUGCAGAGCUGAUCUACAAGGAGUUCUUCUCCCAGGGUGACCUGGAGAAAGCCAUGGGAAACAGCCCUCUGGAGAUGAUGGACCGAGAGAAAGCCUACAUCCCCGAGCUGCAGAUCAGCUUCAUGGAGCACAUCGCCAUGCCCAUCUACAAGUUGCUGCAGGACCUCUUCCCCAAGGCAGCAGAGCUCUACGAGCGGGUGGCCAGCAACCGGGAGCAGUGGACCAAGGUCUCCCACAAAUUCACCAUCCGAGGCUUGCCCAGUAACAACUCCCUGGACUUUCUGGAUGAGGACUAUGACCCCCAGGCCCCGGACCCCCAGCUCAAUGGCUGCCUGGACCCCGAGGUGGGGCAGCCCCCCGAGGCCGCGGCCGAGUGAGGGAGGCGAUGGGGGGGCCACAGCCACGGCUGGGCCAGGAGCAUCCCCAAGCCUCAGCCCCCAAACCAUGGGGGGGAGUUUUGGGGGGACAUCAGUGACUCUGGACCAUGACAGCAAGGGCUGUGCGCUGCCAGCACCCACCGCUGGCCCUUCCCCACCAGUGGGUGACUGUCUCCUCCCUCUGGGGCAGGUGUCCAGGUGUCCCCUCCACCCGGUGGGCCCUGGGACACUGCCCUGUUGGCUGGGAGCACCAGGGGACACUGUGGGGCUGGGGGAUGGAUGUGCUUUAAACUGCCUUAAGGCUGCAGGCCCUGUCCCCGUGGGGUGACGAUGAGAACGAGUCCUCAGUGGAAGCAGCCCUGGAGGGGGCAGUGUCCCUGAAAUGGGUGUGUGAGGGUCAGCGGGACAGAGGGGGAUGGCAGGAUGGUGAGGGGCAGUGGGAGAGCCACGGAGUGGCUCCAGAGUGGAGGUGUGUGUUUCUGUGGAUCUGGCCCAUGGAAGGAGGUUGGCUCCAGCUGGAGGAGGGAAGAGGCACCUGGAGCAGGAUGGCCAUGGGGAUUCUGUGCCUGCAUGCCCUGCUGGGUCCCACCCCGGAGAACCUGCUCUGGCCUCUUCCCAGUAGCUGCUGAGCAUCUGUUGGCUAACAUCCCCCCCUCCCUGGGACCCCUGGAUCCGCUCACCCAUGGAAGGACUCGUAUCCCUCGCCCAGCUCAGUCCCAUGCAGCCACGUCCCCUGCAAGGGCUACACGUGUGCCAAGGCUGGGGGCCCUGCUUCUGCUUUGCACACACGGGGAGGGGGCUGUGCUCCACAGGGGGUCCAUCCAGUCCCAUCCGUGUCCCUGCUGUGUCCCCACCGUGUCCCCGCUGCGUGGGUGUUCCUGUGGUGCCCACCCAGGAGCCUCCUCACUGCAAGCAGCUUCCCUGGUGCCCAGCGUGUCGGGAGCACCCCUGGCUCGCAGUGGCUUCACAGCUCCAGCCAUACAGACCCUGCCAGUGCCCUGGGCUCCCUCUGCUCCUGCUUGGCCCUGUGCACGGAUGCUGUUGGUCUCCCGUGGUCACUCUGGCCGCCCAUGGACCCUGAUAGUCUCCCACCACUCCCCUGUCAUGCUGACAGCCGUGCAUGCACCCCACCAACCUCCUGUGGUUCCUCUGGCCCUGCAGACCACCCUACCUGGACCCUCAUGGUCUUUCAUGGUUCCUCCUCUCCUACAGACCACCGUGCGUGGACCUUGCUGACCUUCCUGUGGUCCCUCCAGUGCCACAGCUGAACCCCUAUGGACCCCCUCAGCCCCAGGGGGUCCACCAGCCCCACAGGGUCCAGCUGUGUGUGACCCAGGGCUCUGUCACCCCAUCCAAAGCCACUUGAAACACCCAUGAGCAGGGAAACCGUGGUGAGCAGCUUGCCCUGCUGGGGGUCAGCCAAAGGGGGUGUCAGGGAUGAGGGUGGGAGCUGAGCCCCAAGGGAUUGAGGUGCACUGAGCCCCCAGGCUGCAUCACCCAGCUCGUGCGAGCUGCGUGGGUUCACCACCAGAGCAGGGGCAGGCGAUGGGAGCAGCAUGGUGAAAUUCUGGCACUGCUGGCAUCAGUCCCACGGAUGCUGGUCCCACCAGGCUCAAGAGUGGACGUGGGGCCAUUUGCUGUGCCAUCCUCACUCCUCUGCAGUACUCCAUGGCACCAUCCCAGUGGUGCACAGCAGGUCCCUCCAGGAUUUGGGCGACACUGAGGCCGUUCCUCUCCUGGGCUCGUCCGUAAGCAAUGCCUUCAUUCCUGUGUUCUUGGGAUCCCUGGAGCGUGUGUCUGCAGCAGCCACGGGAGAGCCCAGCGCUGAGCUGCCCCACGCAGAUGAAGUGACCUGAGUUCCUUUUGCCUUACCUACUCGGAGAUGCCUUGAGCGAGACGCUUUGCCCGAGCCCUGGUGGGACCCACCUGGUGACCGCGUCUGGCUGCUGGCCCACGGCUUUGUCCCCAAGGCCCCCUCAAGCCCUUCUCCCUUCCCCACGCCACCCGGGGGGUCCCAGAAGGCAGCAAACCCCCAAGCUGCAAGAGGAGGACAGCGGCUCCAUCCCCGGCGUGGCGCUGGCAUGGCUGUGGCACCGACAUUCCAGGGGGUACAACUGCUCCCAGAUGGGCCCCGCAUCCCAGUGCCGACCCAGGGGUGCCUGGUGAUGCGGGGGUCUCUCCACCCGAUGGAUGUGGGGGUGUCCUGCGCUUGGGUUCUGCAUCCAGGGUGCCACACCACGGGGGGUCACGCAGGGAUGCCUGUUUCCCAGCUGUAUCCCACUUUUCCAGCCCCCCGCUGCUGGUGUGCGUAGGUGGUCGAUGCUUUCCUGGCUCCCGCCCCUGUACAUACCCCUCUGGAUCCGGGGGAGCACAGCCAGCCCAGCUCAGCUCACCCACGAGUGUGCCUGGGCGUGUGUGGGUGUGCAAACCUCCUCCAGCUUUUCCGUCCUUCCCUCUCGCAGCACUGGUUGUUCUGGGCUCCAACGGAGCCUGAGGAGGAGACGACUCUUCUCUUUCUUCCUCUCCUCCUCCCCUUUCUCCUUCUUUUUUCCUCCUCUUUCUCCUCCCCUCCUCCUCCUCCUCCUCCUCCUCCUCCUUCUCUUCCAACUUCUCCACCUCCUUCACCCCCUUCUCCUCCUACUUUAUUAUUAUUUCUCUUUUCUGGUGGGUUUUGGUUUUCCUAAAUAAAUUUCAUACAUCGA